AGUGAGGUCACAGAUCUUUGAUUGGUCUAUGGAAUUUAAGGGGGGCCUAAAAACUCAUCUCAAAAAUUUCAUUCGGCGCGCUUUAAUUGCACAACUAGCGCCUGUGUACAGCUAACAAUUCCUCGCGAGUUUUAAUGAAAGAGAUUAUAGUUGAUUGAAGAUUCGUAAUAGUGCAAAGCAGGAAUAAAAUUCAUUGUUCUAGUAUGGCUGCUGUCAACAUAAAAUCUCUGAAAGAAAGCCAAAUUGGCGAAUUUUUGAAUUCAUUUGACACCGUCCUGACGGAUUGUGAUGGUGUUUUAUGGAUGGAAACGACACCAUUGGAAAACUCACCUGAAGUAAUGAACAAAUUUCGUGAUAUUGGGAACCAAGUUUUCUAUGUAACUAACAACAGCAAGAAGACUAGGAAAGAAUUAGUAGAGAAAUGCAAAGAACUGAAUUUUCAGGCAACAGAGGGUGAUAUAUUAUGUACAUCUUAUUUAGCUGCUUGUUAUCUUAAAGACUUGGGAUUUGACAAAAAAGUCUACAUUGUUGGAUCUACAGGUGUAUCCAAGGAGCUAGAGCAAGUAGGCAUAAAACAUUAUGGAGUUGGGCCAGACAUCGUUCAGAAAGAUGUGCCCUAUAUGUCAUUCCAGAGAGAUCCAGAAGUUGGAGCCGUCAUUGUCGGAUUUGAUGAGCACUUUAGUUAUCCAAAAAUACUAAAAGCAGCAUCUUAUUUGGCUGAUAAAACUGUACUCUUCAUAGGAACUAAUAGAGAUGAAAAAUUUCCACUGGAUAGCAAUAUUAUUGUACCAGGCACAGGGAGUUUGGUAAGAUGUAUUGAGACAUGUGCAGAGAGGGAAGCUGUGAUAGUGGGAAAGCCUGAUACAUAUAUUGUAGAUGCUCUCAAAAAACGCUACGCUAUAGACCCUAAACGCACUUUAAUGAUUGGGGAUCGAUGUAACACGGAUAUUUUACUAGGAACACGUUGUGGUUUCAAGACAUUGUUAGUAUUAUCAGGAGUAACAUCACUAACAGAUAUUGAAACCUGGAAAAAUUCUGACUCUCAAGAGGAUUUAGACCUUGUCCCAGAUUAUUACAUAGAUAAAUUGGGUGACCUAUUACCUUAUUUAAAGAACUUCGAACGAAGUUCAAGUGCCUAGAGUGCGUACAACAAUUAAAUAAUUAUUAUAGAUGCAAUUGUAUUUAUAUUCAAGUCAUUGAAAUAUAAGCAGUGUGAUGUAAUAAAGAAUCGAGUCUCACCGCA